AUGGGCUUUGAUUGGAAAUGGAGAGGAUGGGUUAGGGAGUGUAUCGGUACAGCAUCCAUGGCAAUCCUAAUAAAUGACUCCCCAUCUAAACCAUUCAAAAUGGAGAGAGGUUUGAGACAAGGUGAUUUUCUGUCUCCGUUCUUGUUUGUUCUGGUAGUGGAUGUCCUACACAAGAUGAUAGGGGAGGCGGUGAGGAACAAACGAAUUUUUCCGCUGCUGGUUGGCAAGGAAAGUAUAGAGUUGUCUCAUCUCCGGUUUGCAGAUGACACUAUAUUAUUCUGCCCAUCGGAGGAGAAGACCAUCAAAAACUAUGCCAGAUUGCUAAGGUGCUUUGAGAUAAUGUCGGGAUUAACAAUUAACUUCGAUAAAUCAAGUUUAAUCCCAAUCAAUUGUGAACAGCAUUGGACUGACAAUAUGUGCAGUUUGUUGGGAUGUAAAGAGGCGAAUCUUCCAGUCAGAUAUCUUGGCAUUCCUCUAGGUGCAAACCCAAGGCUGGUCAAGACAUGA